GUAGACGCGCAAUUGUCCGAUACGGUCAGCGGAUUACCUUCUUUACCGUCUUCUUCUUGCUGAUUGUCAGCUGGCUACGACGUUGCUAUCUUUGUCGCUCGCUUACGUUUCGCGUCGCUCGCCUAUUAAUCAUUACAUUUUUGGCUGUCACUAAAAUCGGUGGUGUGGUUUAGCUUGGUUCAGCUUGGUCAAGAGCGCGCGCAACUGACCAAAUGCCCAAAAGGAAGCACUGCAAACACGCGCAUAAACACAUACACUUGAAUAAGUUCAUGUGCAUGCACAUAUUAAAUACACACACAAAAACAUUCUCACAUAUGCACACGUGCUCAUAACCAUGUUGUAUCCGUUAGUAGUAAAUUUGAACGCAACUACACUGUCGUACAAUAAGGCGGUAGUUUCUGCGACGACCAUGAUGGUGGCGGUAAAUUUGUGCAAAUUCAAAUACUUUCGCCGCUAAAAUUAAACUUCGGCGCUCACUAGGUCCAGUUCAGCGACACUCGCGUUCGUAGUCGCGCUCGCGCUCAUAGUUGUUGGGCCUUAUUUACACUCGCGACAAUUUGUCGCCUUGCCGGUACGUCGUUCAUAUUCGAAGGUUCGCAAAGCACCGUUGAACGGAAACACAAUCACAUCCUUUGGACACGCGGACGAGACAACAGCGCCACGGUGAAGGCAAAAAAAGGUGACAAAGUUACGAUUAAUAUAAAUAAAUGUGCUUUUCCACGUUGCGGACAUUACUACGCGAAGUGACAAAUAAUAAGAAGAGAAUAAAACUUAAUUUCAGUGAAAGUGUGAUUAUUUCUAAUUUGAUAGCGUAUAUACUAUGUAAAUGUAUGUAUGUAUCAAUAUGUAUACGACACAUGUAUAUGGAUCCAUAUUAAAGUGAAAAAUCGUAAAUAUAAAUCUACAAACAUUCAAUUGUCCAAUUUUGAUUUAAUACUUAUGCUAAUAUUUUCGCGAUUGUAUUACAAGUGAGAUAGUGACGAUAUACAUGCAUACAUGAUUUAUUAAAUUGUUUGAAAGGAAAUCUGUUGCACUGAAGUGUCAUUGACUACACUGCUUAUGGCCUACAUAUGUAUGUAUGUACAUACAUAAGUAAAAAUAAAAGUUGUACGUUAUUGUGUGUAUGUUACGUUUUGUAAAUAUUGAAGAUUUUAUAACUUAGGCAGAAAUAAAAGACAAGCUAAUAAAAUAUAAAGUAAGGAAUUGCUUUGAAGCAAACCCUCUUUCAUUCUUCGAACUGUUUCAAAUAAACGAAUUCAAACUGUUCGAAACCGGUCUGAAGUUGGAUAUCUCCAGCUAUUCCCAUAUGAAUAUUCGGAUGACUACAAAGGGCAAACGCCCAUUGCGUAGUUUGACUCCAAGUGAUAAAAUCAACGCCAUUCAACGAAUUCAUGAUGGAGAGUCCAAAGCAUCAGUGGCUCGUGAUAUUGGAGUCCCAGAAUCUACAUUACGUGGGUGGUGCAAAAACGAGGAUAAGCUGCGUUUUAUGUCACGACAAACUGAUAAAAUAACAGCUGAUUCAUUGGCCGAAAAACUGGGAACAUCGGCCGCUAUUCUCGUAGGACCUCCCGAAAAACGUCAAAAGUUGGACGGUAGUUCUGUACCCUUCAUUUAUUCUAAUAAAAUUAAAUAUGACGAUAUGAUGUAUAAACGGUCUCCGCUAAAUGGUCUUGACUAUGCGUCAAGCAAAACACUUUCAGAGAUUACUUUCAAUGGCUUGUCUACGGACUAUGUUGCUUUUAGCAGUGCUGUAAAGAAUAAUAAAAGUUUUGGCACUGACGUAUCACGUCAAACAGAUCCAGCAAUUGCUGCUAUAAGUCCCCUGACAAGCCUAUCUCAGCUUUCCGGGCUCUCUGGCCUGGCACAAUCACCUCUAGCAAUUAGUUUCAAUGAACUUACAUCAAAUCUAAAUAUUUUGGCACAGUUAAAUCCUGGACUGGCAGCAAUGUCUUGUCUAAAUGAAUUAGGGGCUACAACAAACCCAUUACGUAACGUAAAAACAAAACCUCAACUACAAUUGGAAAGUCCUCAGAGUGACUGUGGAGAUCGACAACAAGGGUUGUCUGUUAAAAAUUGGGCGAAACAAAAAUCCCCAUCAUCGACUUCUGAAGAAUCAUGUUAUGGACUUAACUUACGUCUAAAUGAAGAUAAUAAUAAAAACAAAAUCAAAUGCCCCAGCCCAUCUCUCGCACCAUCGCUUUCUAUUUUAUCAGAUGAUCCCUUAAUUUAUUGGUUGAAGUCUCAGCAAGCAAUGUUGGGACUGAAUAAUAUCUAUCCAUCGCCACUAGCACCGCCAAUGGGGGCAUCGAGUCCACCAUUGCGAUCUUCAACACCACAUCAAUCAGCGAAACUUCAUGUCACUACCCCAUUAAGCGUUUCUGCAUCAAUAACACCAUCGACUGCACCUUCUUUGGAUGGUAAAAACUCCGCAUGGCUUAAUUGGUGCAAAGCUUUGGGUGCUAGUCUUAAUUCGUUAGCACCCACUACUGCGGCCGCUGUUCUUCAUGGCCCACCUAUAAAACAACAACAUCAACCGUCUUCCAUUGCGACCAUUUCAACAGAUAUUGAAACUACUGCAUUGACAUCAAAUAAAUCCACUCAAAAUUCUCAAUUGGAAAAUAUUCUGUUUACUCAACUAACAAAAAGUAUUAACAGCUGUUCAAUGGAAAGUUCAACAAUACUUAACAGUACCCAUUCUACCCAUAUGGAAAAUGUAGAUUCUUCAAACAAGCCCGAAGAUCUAUCAGCUCGCACGGUAAAAAACAAUUUAACAGCUACUUCACCAUCACCGACAGUACCAGCCCAGGACUCAACACCAAGCCCUAACCCAGGAGAAAGUUUAGUUCCUACUCCAAUGCAUAGCCCAAAUGAGCAAUUAAUAGCAAAAGUUCCACAUUCUCCCCUUUAUAAUGAAGAAGCAGAAGACUGCGGUACAGACAUGUCAGAUUGCAAGGACGUUCUGGAUAAUUUAUUGUACAAAAUCAAUAACAAUCCGUCUGUAAUUUCAUUAAGUAAAGCUACUACUCCGACAAGUGUCGAAGGAGCAGAUUAUGAUGGAUGUAGAAGUGAAUCUAAUAUUAGCUAUGGAAGUGACAAUAAUCAAAAUAGUAGCGAUGAAAAUGUCAAUAACAACAAUCACUCCAAUAAAACAGAUGAAGAAGAACGCUUUAAAUUAUCGGCGUUAAAAAAAGAAGAUGAAGAUUACGAAGCCAUAAAUCAUGGUGAACAAUUUCUUAAAUGGUUAGAAAACUGUAGCAAUCCUCGCAUAACGGCGUCACAUUUAAUGCAAUUGAGAUUCCUUAUAUCAGCGCUAAAAUCUAAUUGCGAUCCUAAUGAUGAAAGUAGCCUGCAUAAUUUAAAAAGGAGUAGUACGGAAAGGGCUCCUGAAAAUAUUGUUAAUACAUUGGAAGAUAAUAGUCUUAUAAAUAAAGGGCGUCGUCGAAAAUAGGAAAAACCAAAAUCGACAACAAUAGAGACAAAAUCCGGUAAUCCAAAAGAGAAUAUCUUACAUUAUGAAAAUCUUCGGAGUUCUUCAAUUGAUAUAGUAACCUUGAAUAGGCAUUCAAUUUUAUCGAUAUAUAGUGUUAAUACUGAAAUCACUGGAUAAAGUCAAAGGAAGGAAAGCAAAAACUAUAGCUUAAUUUGUAAUAUCGAUAGCGAAUCUGUUGAUUGAGAUAUCUACGUACUACUAAGAUAUAUUUACGUUUAUUUAUGAAUAUAUAUUAAAACUAUUUACAUACAUGCACAACGAUAUUUUUUACUGACUAAAUUGGAAUUGCAUUUAAUUUGCUCCUUUGUCAAAAUAAGAGUACUAACAAAUGUAACGGAAGAGGUAGUGCGUAAGGUUUGAAACUGAUUCUGGUACUGAAUUCAUGUAAUGACUUUUAAAAAAGUAAUGAAAUGUUUGAAGAUAAUUUAGGUCGAGCUAUUUCCAUCUUCUAUAUAUUACUUUUAAUACCAAAAAGUAGUACACCUUUUAUUGGUUCUAAACCAUUUGUAGCUUUAUAUACAUACAAACAUAUGUAUUUAAAUGUACGUAUAAGUACAGAGUUUUGAAGUGGAAAACCUACAUAUGUACAUAUAUGUGACAGUAUGUUAAAUUAAUUGAAGUGAUUGAAAUGAAUGAAAAAAUAUAUCGUCGCCUAAAAUACAAAAUAACGUAUGAUAAUAAAAUUCGAAAUUGCGUGUUUCGUUGAUUACGACCCACUAUUUCAAAUUACAUACAUACAUAUAACGACAUAUGUGCGACAUUUUAAGGUUCUGCUAUCAGAUAUAUGUAUAGUAAACCAGUUUUAACCAAUAUGUAAAUUUUUUUUCACUCAUGUUUCAUUUUUAUAACAUGUACCAUUCUUUUCCCUGUAAAUUUCCGAAAAUGUUACGUUAUUUUGCAUUUUAGCUGACGAUAUGUAAUUCCAUAUGUGCGGGUAUUAGUAAAGAAAUAUCUUAAAAACAGAAGCGCUCAGUUAUCAUAAGAUAUAUGUAUGUAAAUGCGUCUGACCAAUUAUUAUUUAAAAAUCAAAAUUCUUUGUUUUGCUUAAGUCAACUACUUUAUCGAAUUGCCAUGUGUGUAUGACUACUACAUAUGUAUAAAAAUAAAGAGCUUAUUUAUAUCAAUGCAUAUACAUAUGUAUGUACGUACAGACAUGAAUGCACACGUCUUGAUUUAAAUGUAUUUUCUAAAUGAAAAGCUGUUUUAAUUAUCGAUGUGCAUAUGUAAUAUUCACAAUUACAUACAUAUAUUGAAUUUUUAUUCGUAAGAUCUUCCCUUACUCCGAAAAACUUAAAAUUGUUGGUUCUUAUUUUUUAUUUAUAUAGAUUUAAAACUAAGAAAUGUAAGUAUUAUAGUCCAAAACUUUAUGAAAUAUUGUAAGAAAUUUAGCAUCCCUGCAUGCAUAGGAUUUCAAAAAAUUUUUUAUAUACGAAAAAAUGUAUAAUAUAUUAUUUCUUGUACAUAUAUAUAAUUAAUAUUAAACUCAUUUUUAUGUCAAAAAAUUAUUAAUUUAGUCUUGUGUAAGUAUUAGAAAAUUUUCAUCGGAAUGUACGAUUAUUUAAUAUUAUUAGUUAAUUUGAAAUUGAAUUUUCUGAUAAAAAAUCUUUUCAAUUUACAAAGAUGAAUUAUGUAUAAAAUUUUUUUUAAUGGCUUAGGGGAACGGGUGCGUGUUUCAAAUUCUCUACUUAAUAAGUCACUAACUAUAUUAAAUAUAAAUGAAGAAAUGAACAGAAUGAAUUCUUGAAUUUAGAAGAAAACUAUGAUGUUCUUUGCAAUCAUAUUCUCCAGAUCCAUGAAACUUGUUUUCAUUUGCAAACAUGAAAAACUAGCUGGGAAGAAAUUUGUGUCAAAUGAGGCCUCUUUUCCAGAAGUAAAUAAAUUGGAAAAUUGCCGAGUCAAACGUACUAAUCUGAAAAAAAUAUGCAACUACUCGACCGAUGUAAGCCAAAUUUGUGCGUACCAUUAAUCUGA